UGCGUGAGCUAUCAGAUUCGUCAAAUCGUCGUUUGAAUCUUUGUUUACAAAAGCAGAUAAGUCGUUUUGAAAAUUUUGUCUUCAGUUGCUUCGUGUUGACCUGAGAGUGUUGACUAUACUUUAUUUAAUUGGAUGAUAAAUACAAAUUUGUGCUCCAGUUGUUUACGAGCUUUUACGAGUACCCGACCAUGUCAACACUUUUAGAAAUCUGCAUCGACUCCUUCCAGUCUGCUGUGGCUGCGAUUCUCGGGGGAGCUGAUCGUCUGGAACUAUGCACUGCCCUGAGUGAAGGCGGUUUAACGCCGUCCGUUGGAUUGCUUCGUGAGGUACGCGCUUUCGUCGAGCAAAAUAGCCAACAUCGGCAUGUACUACUGUACGCGAUGAUACGAUGCCGCAGGGGAAGUGAUUUCUGCUACAGUGGACCUGAGAUGCGGAUCAUGCUACACGACCUAGCAAUACUAGCGGAAAACAACGCCGAUGGGUUUGUGUUUGGAGCGCUUGAUGAAAAUGGAGAUGUACAUCGAGCGAACUGCGAGUUGAUAGUUGCAGAGGCGUUAAAACAUAAGAAGGCGAUAACAUUCCACAGGGCAUUCGAUUGCACUAAGCGAAGUAAGAUGCUGGCGAAUUUAAAACUGAUUGGAUCGAUGGGAUUCACAACACUAUUGAGCAGUGGAUUGGAAAGUACGGCCAUGACAGGAAUCGAAAAUUUGGUGGAAAUGACAAACUUCAUCGCAAAUAACAGUGAACUACAAAUAAGUAUUAUGCCCGGGUCAGGAGUGACGCCGGAUAAUGCACAGGAAAUAGUCCAACGAACAGGAUGCAAGGUGAUUCAUGCAUCUUCUCGGUCACAGAUAAAGUGCUCCAAAGAAGCUGUGCUUUCAAUGGGUGGGAAUACAGCUGACAGCGAAGGCUUACUUGUGUGUGAUGAGAUGAUUGUGAAGAGAAUCAAGAAACAAAUUCGUUAACUGAAGGCUAAAAAAACAUGAUACGCAAACUACCCCAAACUUUAAUAAAAUUUUACAAAUAAUUUA